AUGACAUACAGAGGUGUGGUGACAGUGUCUGAUGGACACCUGUACGUGUCACCGUUGAAGAAAGAGUGGCGCAAGUGGGUCUCGCAUUACCUCGGCCCCAUCGGGAUCGUGGUUCUUGCUCUGCUCAUCGCGGUCAUUCUGCCGCUAACCGGAUUGUUUUGGUGCUGUUGCUACUGGUGUCGCGUGGGGCGUAGGCGCCGGCCCUUCGAUCGCGAGUACGACUCUUGGAUCAGGGGCAUGCUCGCAAUACUGUUCAUUGGAUUGCUCACCUUGUUCCUGCUAGGGCUUGUGUGCGUGUUCGCGACGGAGUCGCACUUGGACGACAACGUGGGUGACCUGACUACCGUCUACCGCGCCGGGCUCGGCGACGCGAUCAAAUUCCUGAACAAAACACAGGAGGAGGCGAUCUGGUUACUCGAGCGUAACUUCUAUGAAGUCAAGUCGCGCCUCAUCGAGGUGCUCUAUGGCUUAGGCGGUCGGACUACUCUGAUGCUCAGCGAGACAUCGAACCUGAUGGCGGUGUCGACGCUCAACCGUAUGGUGCAGCAGCUGGACGACGUGUACGAGGACCUGCGCACCGUGCAGAACCUCACCAACUCCCUGCGGGUCAGGGCCGUUGACCUCAACUCGGGACUACGAAAAGUAAAGAAUCAACUGCUGCAGACGUUGUCGAAGUGCGAUCAGCCCAAGUGCUUGGCGCUGCACAACAAGUACAAGAUCGGCCAGCUCGACACCGAGAUACAGUACAGCCAGAUGCCGGACGUGUCACCGCUGCUGCAAAACGUGUCGGCGUUGUUGUCCAGCGGUCUCAAGGAGGAGGUGGCCGAAGGUCACAAGGUGUUCCGCAACAUACAGCGGACCAUCCAGAGCUCGGUGGAGGAACAGCUGCCUGAAGUCAGGUUCUCGAUCGAUAAACUCGGUGAGAACUUGAUACAGCUGGGCAAGCAGAUCCGGGGCGUGGUGGGCAACGUGACGAGACACCUGCAGGCGCACCUGCGCGACGCCGACCGGGUGCAGGAGGUCAUGGACGAGUACGGGACCUACCGCCAGUACCUGGGGGUGGCCGCCGCGCUCUGCCUGCUGCUGAUGUGUGCCAUAAUGACGUGGGGGCUGGUGGUGGGCGUGUGCGGCGGGCGGCCCGAGGUGUACGGCGCGCACGACUGCUGCAGCAAGGCCGGCGGCGCCAGGAGCCUGCUCUGCGGGGUGGCGGUGCUGUUCACGCUGGGCGGGUUCGUGGCGGUGGUGUUCGUCGUGUACUUCGUGGCCGGCGUGGCCGCGCAGCGCGUCGUGUGCGACCCGCUCAUGUAUCCGAUCGGUAAUAGACUGUUCAACGACUUGGAUAAGAUGGUGGAUCUGGAGAGGACGUUGUACGGCGAGAAAAAAGACGAAACGUUCACCUUGGCCGGCGUGCUGGUGCGGUGUCACAUGAAUUACACCCUGUAUGAGCUGCUGCAGCUGCGGCGCGUGGUGGACCUGGCGAACCUGCCGCUGGGGCUGCGCGCGGGCCCGCUGGCGCUGGGCGGCGCGCGGCCGCUGCUGGGCGACACCGACCUGCGCAUCAUGCGCCCCACCACGCUGCGCAAGCUGCGCCAGUUCGCCGAGUCGGGUCUGGCCGACUUCGACUUCGACCGCAUCCUGGACGCGUUGGAGACGAACAUGACGUCGCUGGCGCUGGACUCUCUGGCGCGGCAGCUCAACAGCACGGCGCACUCGCUGCAGCAGCCGCAGUUCCAGCGCGAGGCGCGCGACCUGCUGCAGGCCGCGGCCGACCUGGAGCGCCUCAACCGCCGCGUGCUGGCGCCGCUGCUCGACGACGCCGCCGUCCUCAACGAGACGACCACGCGACUACGUGACGGCAUGCGGUGGGGAGGUUGGGCACUCGAUAAGGCCCUGGAGAUGCUCACGGAGCAGACCGCAGCGGCUCAAAAAUUCAUACUGGAGAAGGGCGACGAGCUCUCGCAGAUGGCUUUGCAGCACUACGGCAAGAUCAUCGCAGAGAAGCUGAACGAGUUCAUAAAGCACGCGACGUUCUACUUGCGCAACAACGUGGGCCGCUGCGAGCCCAUCUCGCGCGUCUUCAACUCCACGAGGGACUCCUUCUGCGUCAAAGUCGUGCAACCCAUCAACGGCUACUGGAUGGCGCUGGGCUGGUGCAUCCUGCUGUUCGUGCCGCUCGUGCUGACGGCGCAGCGCCUCGCCGAGCUGUACAUGCAGAUCGACCCCUACCCCGGCCCGCUCGUGGAAGCCGAAUAUUUGUAUGACGCGUACGCGGACCGCGAUAACGUACCCCUUGCCAACGGCUCGAAGCGUAGCACGCUGGACAUCGAGGGCAAGAUAGCGGAGUGGCGCGAGAGGUCCGCGCCGUCCGCGCCGCCCCCGGAGGCGGGCGGGCUGGCGGUCGUGCCGGGCGGGCCGGGCGGGCCGGGCGGGCCGGUGGUUGCUCCGGUGGCGGUCGGGCCGGGCGGGCCGGCCGGCACGCGCGUGCUGCUGGCGCGCGGCCACGAGGUGGUGUGCCGGCUAGUGCCGCCGCCCGCGCUGCUGGACGACCUGCGCACGCGCCUCGACGCCAAGGACGAGGACAACGAGUCCGGCAUUCACGAGGCCGACGCCUACAAGGCUGAGAAACGUUCGGGGCGCGACGGGCGCGAUUUGCGCGAGGGGAGGGAGGGGCGUGAGGCGCGAGGGGGCAGGGCCCGCGAGGGGGAGGGGCGAGGGGGCGGGGCGGGGCCGGCGCGCGUUGACUCCGCCUUGGCGCCGCCUCUCGACGCAUACCACGCGCGCAGAUAUAAUGAUAUGGCGCCAAAGCACUGGGAAGAAGGCCCUCCCCGCUACCACGGACCUACUGAGUACGAGCGACCACCACCGUACUACUAUCCCGGACCAAACGAUAGACAGUAA